GUGUUAUUUAUCAAUAUUUACUUGUUGAGGUUAAGGUUAAUAAUAACUGUGGCUCUUUAACUACGGAAAUAAAUCUCGUAUCAAGUUUAAUUAUUUCUUAACGAAUCGGUCAAUUUACGGAGGAAACAUGCCGGGCCCAGUGGAACAUCGGAGUGUUACGCCACUAAUAAACUACAUUCGAGAGGUUUUACGGGGUAGAAAAAUCAUACUGCCCCAUAGAUACGCCGAUGACCAAGCUAAGCGUACUCAACCCCCACCGAAUAUACCGGAUGGUCCGAACCAGAAAACUUCGCAAAUUUACUAUUACACUCGAGAUGCAAGACGAGAAGUUAAGCCGCCGAUGUUAAUUGAUAGAACAAAACAAAUUGAUACGGAGAAGGAAUCUGUUGCCGAAAAGAAAUUUCUCACUCCGGGGAAAGCCUAUAAUUGGGGUUCUUAACUUCUCAGAAUCAAGCUAACUAUUAGUAUUAUGUUACAAACA